AUGAGUUUUGCGCCGCCCCGGAAGCAGCGGACGGGCGCCACGGUGGCAGCGUCGCCCUUCAGCAGACGCCAGUCAGGGAGUAGGGCCGGUUCUCCCUCUGCUGCUUCUCCCCGACGCCGUGCGACGUCGACUUACCAUGCCCCCCCGCCCGAGGCGGUAAAGGAGCAGAUGCGGCGCUACGCGCAAAGUAUUCGCAGGCGCCAGCCGCCGCCUGAUGGAUAUCCCGUUCCAAAGCCUCACCUUCCGCGUGGUGGGGCCAAGCGCGGGGCAGGGACGGCUCCUGCGAGGAGACCGGGCGGUUUGCUCUUGUCACGCAGUCGUGGCAAGGUGGCCGAGCGGAACGGCGAUCUGCAAAGCCCAUCAAGCCGCGAGGUUGGCGAGCCGCGCCAGGACGCAUCAAGAGUCCAGGGUAGAAAUGUGGCGAUGGAAGCAAGACGUCUACCAUCUUCUGUUAAUUAUACCGUCUCGCCAAAGCACGGGUUUUUUUGCAGUGAUGCGAAUGCUAGUAGUCAGCAGUUGCUGCUGCAAAGUUGUCACGGGCCCCCUGGCGCUUCUCUCAGGACGGGCGACGACGCCAGCGACGAGUACGUCGGUAAUCCGUAUAUUCGUUCCGUGUUGCGGGGCGCAGAGCAGCGCUGGGUUCCAUCUUCGUCGGUGCACGCCCCUUUCAGCCACCAUGGCCGCAGCCAAGGCCUUGACUGGCGUCACACGGAGCAAUCACCCUCUCCUUCUCGCCGAGAGUUGGUGGGUGAGUGGAAAAAGAUAACCAGCCGAAGUUCAAGCAAUGAAACUUCACAGGUCUGUGUGGACCACACGGGAAAAAGCGGUGGUGAUACAUUUGCGGAGGUGGAGCAGGAAGUCCGACGACCACAUUCCGUCAACAGCCCAGGAGGGGAAAGCGCGGCAGAUCCAGCUCAACUCCACAGUACUCAUGCCCAGGCAUCGGAGCCUCAGUUUUCAUUGGCAGCGGAAGGAGGAGGGGAAGGGCGUGCAGGAGGUUCGCAUGCAGCGUGGCGGAGGCACAUGCGGUAUCCAGAACGAAACCAGGGCGUGCAGGAGGUUGCUGAGGACCUGCCGCGCCGCGGUGCUGAGGCGACAGCACGGAGAACGAAGGUGGCAGACACCGGCAAGGUUAACCUGACAUUUUUGUAUUCUGACGUCGAGGAAGACCCUCGGGCGUACCUUUACGCCCCACUGACAGAUGUGGUUACUCCCUUUGCGGGGAAAGCGCACCGUUGCUCCUCACCUCUGGAGUUGGGGGCGGCUUCCAGGCCGGCGGUGUUGCACAAAGACGGCAGCGCUGCUGGGCCCCAUCAUGUUGGCGACGCAAAAAAGGCGCAGGCAGAAGGGUUGACGCCCAAAUUUGCGGCGCGUCUUCUGGGCGCGGCACCUGGGAGUUUCGUCCCCCUCCAGCAAGGUAUGACGUCAGCAAGGGAGCAGGCUUCUUUCGGUGCCUGUCCCUGUCGUUCUUGGAAUGGUGGCGCGACAAACUAUCUUGUUGCACCUGAAACAGAGAUUGUAGAUGCCUCAGGUGCAGUGUGGCUUGCAACAUUGUCGCCGCUGAAGAAGUAA